CGCAGUGUGACAGGUACUUGACUGUACAGUACAUGUUUGAAGGUCGCACUUUGGUCUGUCACGUGACACAAGUCAACUGCUGCCAGCUACUUGGGGUCAUUCGUACACCCCGUACGAAGAAGUGAGACGGAUUUUAAAGGUAGUAAUAAUGUUUCGCCGCAAACUCGACGUUGCCAAAUUAGUGUAAACAAUGGGGAAGUAGCGCGCUCGUUUAAUUUACCUGAAGCGUAUUAUCGGGUCGUCCGUUUAUUUUUAAAUCGUGCGCGAACGGGGUGCGGUUAUCUCAUCCGAAACAGGUUGCGAUAUUUUUUCGAAUUCCUCCGUAACGCUGUAGCAUAUGUGGACGAAGUGAACUAAAAGUGACAACAUUGACUGAGUGGCCCAUGUGAAUUUUAGUCGACUUUUGUCGUUCAACUGUCAGGUUGACGUGUGCGGAACAGGUAGUAGUCUAGGCAAUCAAGGGAGCGGACAAAAGCAAAUCGGUCGGUUUAAAUUAAAUCUAGGUACACCUGGAAUUGCAUACUAUGCGAGCUAAGGAUAUCGAAGUUAGUGAACGCCUUUUUUCUAGUGUAAGUAGUGAUUGUGCAAUUUUUCCGCCGUAGGAUAUUGUUAAUCGAUAGAUGUUUUUCUACGCGUGUGCCUUUGGGAUGUUGUUUAUAAAUUGUAAUUUGGUGCCAUUGUACUCGACUUGCCAAGUGACCUUGGGAUCGAGCACGUGACCGAGGGCCUUGACCUUCUCCUACCAAUAUGGUGGAUGCGGAUAGGUGAGACCAUGCCUAAACGAGAACAGUGGACCGGCGAGGUAAGCUGAUCCAGGCUGCCAUGGCCGCAAACAUGAGGUCUCCUAAUGUAUCUGUCACACCGAUUAAGAUCGAACCGUACUCUUCUGCUUCCGUAUCAAAUGGGGUUCUGCCGGCGCACGCUCAUAUCAACACCGACUUACCUCACGCCCACAACGGUAUACUAUCCAAUGCAUCUGGUGCGAUCAACAAUGGAGAUACCUUGGAUAGCAGUUCAGAUGCGGAAGUCGCGCAGAUUGAUUUCAAUGCGACUUCCGUUAAUUUACGGCAGAAAAAGGAACCAGAUGAGAACGAUAUACCGAGACCAAUGUCUUGGGAAGGAGAACUCUCAGAAGGAGAAAGAGACAUGUGCAUUGACGAAGACAGAGGAUCUUCUCAGUUUCCUGAGAAUCUUUCAGUCGCGCAAUCGAAACAGAAUCUGCCCAUUUCGGAACAAAAAGGAAGUCCCGUGUUAGUGUUAAAACAGCAAACUGUAGGGAACUACUCGCUUCACAGCACGCCGAACAACUCCCCUCUACUUAAUCAGCGGCAUCCCGGUAGUGUUUCCGUAUUAAGUCACAAGGACAUUAUGCAAAAAGCUCUUAAUAUACCUCCGACACCGAGUCCCGAUUCGGCGAUACACUCUGCGUAUAGUGUGUUUAGUUCUCCAAGUCAAAGUCCUUUAACGCAAAGACAUUUAACGCCAAAUUUAAGUCGAAAUAACAGUGACGCUUCUCAUUCUAGUUGUUGUAGUUAUUCUAGUGUUUCAGUUUCGGUUUCACCAACGCAACAAUUCUCGCCUAAUCACAGCCCCAUACAGGGCCGCCAUAUACACAGCGGUGUUCACAACAGUCCAUUACAUCAUAACGUUUUGUAUCGUAAUCUUCAAGAUGACUGUAACAUUCAGUACGUACCUGAUCACGAAGCUCUUGAAGAAACUGAAGAUAAGACUGGCUUAGUUCACACAUCUUUACCCGCACAACCCGGUAUCUCUCGACAGCAGCUCAUCAAUAGUCCGUGUCCAAUUUGUGGUGAUAAAAUAUCCGGAUUUCACUACGGUAUUUUUAGUUGCGAAUCUUGUAAGGGAUUUUUUAAACGCACCGUACAAAAUCGAAAAAACUAUGUUUGCUUGAGGGGCGCUGCGUGUCCUGUUACUGUAGCGACGAGGAAAAAGUGUCCCGCUUGCCGUUUUGAUAAAUGCUUGCAAUGUGGAAUGAAACUCGAAGCUAUUAGGGAAGAUAGAACAAGAGGAGGUCGAUCUACAUAUCAGUGUUCUUACUCGUUGCCUCCAUCCUUAACUAAUCAUCCUGAAUUAAGAGCUAGCUCCACGGAUUUACGUCACGGCUAUGAUACGCCUCAACAAGUAUUAAGGGUUAAAUUAGAGCCUACGGAUUGUGGGAUGUAUAUGAAAAGAUCAAACACCGGAAACUCUCGACUAAGUGUCCCGCCAUUAUUGCAAGAAAUAAUGGACGUGGAACAUCUUUGGCACUACAGCGAAUUAGAAUUAAAUAAAUUAACGGACGGUACGUUAGGCAAAGCCGGUUCGAGUAGCGCGGUUCAUAAUUUGUCUUCUCACCCGUUACUUGCCGGCACUGCUCUUGCGGGCUCGACUGAUAGUAACCCGGAUUUCGUAGCGAACCUGUGCAAUAUAGCCGAUCAUCGAUUGUACAAAAUUGUGAAGUGGUGUAAAAGUUUACCUCUUUUUAAGAAUAUUUCGAUCGACGAUCAAAUAUGCUUGCUGAUAAAUUCGUGGUGCGAACUGUUAUUGUUUUCGUGUUGUUUUCGUUCUGUCUCGACCCCUGGCGAAAUAAGGAUAUCGUUAGGUAAAAGUAUUAGCUUGGAACAAGCAAAGGAAAUGGGUUUGGGGGCAUGUAUAGAAAGGAUGUUAAAUUUUACCGAUCAUUUAAGACGACUUAGGGUUGAUAAGUAUGAAUAUGUUGCCAUGAAAGUUAUUGUGCUACUUACGUCAGAUACGUCUGAAUUGCGAGAGGCGGAAAAAGUUAGAGCGUCGCAAGAAAAGGCUCUCCAAGCGUUACAACAUUACACAUUGGCUCACUAUCCAGAUUCGCCAGCGAAAUUCGGAGAAUUGUUACUAAGGAUACCAGAGCUACAGCGAACUUGUCAGGUCGGAAAGGAAAUGUUGACGAUUAAAUCGAAGGACGAUGAAGGGCCAAGUUUUAACCUGCUCCUGGAGCUGCUUCGAGGGGACCACUAGAUGUGCCUUAUUAGCUUUGGUGGCGGGUUCAUACUUAACAGACAGUAUUGCUUAUUUCUUUAGCUUUAAGUGGAAACUUUACGUACUUAGUUAUAUGUGCUGGACACUCGAUUUUUAUCUAUCGUUUGAAGACACUCGAAAACACCAACGUGAAAUGAUUUACGAAUUGAUAAAAGAUCUUCAAAUGAUGGGCAAUUAUGUAAUAUUAAGAUCGCAACGGAUCAAAAAUGUAUAUAAAUAUAUAUAUUUUUAAUUAUUUUAAUAUUUUGAUAUUUUUAUUCUAUUUGAACUAAGCUUAAGCUUGUUCGUUGAGUUUUUAAUAAUAUCUAUCUAAAUCUAUUUAAAGUUGAGAAUGCUCAAAUAUACUUGUAUGUAAUAUGAGUGUAGAGCAGUGUUACGUGGUGUUAAUAACCACUUCAAAAGACUUCAUUCCAAUAAUGCAAUGUAAUAUUUAACUUUGACUUUGAGUUUACUGACAAUUGAUUGAGGAAACAUCUAAAGGCUCAAAACCCGUUUGUCAAUUUAUUUGUACGAGUGCAAAAGGGACAUUUUUUAUUUAUUACACAUUUCAGGUUGUGCCUAUAUCUGAUUUUAUAUAAUAUGUAACCGUCACAUUUUUAAAAUGAUAAGAUUAUGCGAAACUUAUCAUGGCACACAGGCAGAGUAUAAUUUACAAUUUAUGUACGCAUUCUUACCAAGUUAAAUUUCUUUCACAGCAUCAUUUCGAACAUGUGUAUUUUAUAUGACUCCACCUCCUUUAAGUGGUAACCUUGUAGAUCUUUAACACAUAUGAAUGUGCCAAGUUAGCCUUAAAGUGUAAAUACUGCAACUGUCGGGCAGAAGUGAUAAAUUAAACAAAAACAUUUUCCAAUUUAAUGUUUUAGUGUUGCUAGUUAUACACCUACACGGUAACUUGUAGCUGUGAACAAUACUAUAACAGUUAUUAGCAAAUUAAAUAGGCUUUCUUUUUCGAUUCGAGCCUGUAAUACACUAACACUAAUGUGUGAUUUAUCAAACAAAUCUAACGCCGAAGUUUGACUAUUGCGGGCCGAAAAUGUUUUUAAUAGAUAAAAUUUUUGCCUUUGUAAGUUAUACUUUGCAAACGUUAGAGAUCGUGUUCAAAUUGACAAUUCUUACAUAGACAAUUUAAUCGUUACAAUUGUUAUAAACUGUCAAUAAAACAUACACAUUAUAAGACUUAGGGAGGCCUUCCAUGCCUGCAUGCAAUGCAGUAUUAGCCGUAAAAUUUUAUACUUUGUCAUUUUACGAGCUAUUUAUAUGGAUCAUUUUUGUAUGAAAUAUAUAAAUAU